AUGAGAUAUGCCAUUCGCUCCGGCAUCGCCCUAACAUCGUCGUAUGCCGUCGGUCAAUGUUCCAAACUCCUCAAGUCAGUUGAAGACAAGGCUGUCCAUGCUGAACUCAAAUCGUUAAGAAACUUGCUUGAUAGCAAAAUAAAGAUCAUCUCACCAGCCAUAGACUUGAUCGAGUUCAAGUCAGGUCGUGGAAAUGUAUUUCUCGAAUCAGCAACUCCCCUUGCGAAAUCAUUGCAUAAGGACAUUGUCUCGCUGGGCCGUCGCAUAGAGUCAGCAACUACUAUCUGUUCAAACUCAAGUAGUAACAAUGCCCAGGCACGUUCAUCAUCUGCCAGCCACGACAGCCUGCUAGCUAUCAUCACCGCUAUAAAGGGUCUCCUGGACCGGAUCGAUCGUGAGAUCCCGCUACUGCAGUUAGCCAUUACUGCUUCUGGGGAGAGCCUUUCCACAUCUCUACCCGCUGGCAUAUCACCAUCCAGACUGCUGCAGGCCAGCACACUACUCACCGUCGGCGACACGCAGUUCGCACAAGAUCCAAAUAGACCAGUUCAGAUUGGUCCAGUCUUUACUCUAUCACUCUACAUGCUCUUUCUCGGACACGCAUCCACGCUAAAGCCGCACACCACCUGUCAAGCUGCAGGCAACACAGUCUCUACUAAUGGUCACUGUUCGGAAACGUCGAGCAUCAGGACUGCGUACGGGUUGGGGGAUGGGGAGCGGAAGCCACUGUGGCAGGAAGUAUUACACAAGGCAAGAGUUCGAAUCUGUAGAACCCGCAGAGACUUCUACUUUGACAGUAAGCGAGGUUACUGUGCGAAUCCGUUGAAAGACCAGGAGUUUCCCCUUCCAGCUCCUGAAUCGACCAGUGGGGGAGAAUAUGCAUACCACCUGGAGGUUAUCGAAGACCUUGACGACGGUCGACUCCACGAUGAUGAGCAUAAUAUUCAGCCAUACGACGACAUUGCUCGAGCAGGCAUUCGCGAAUCCAUUCCUGUGCAUCAGUUGUCCAAGAUAUUUUACACAGAUACAGGCAGGAUUUUGAACAUUGGUUCCGCUACUGACAGCGAGCAAAGACCAGUCUUGCUUUUGAAACGAGACACUCAAGCGCUGCCGGCCCACCAGGAAACCGAUGAUGUCGGUGUGUUUAUUGAAGGACUCGAGGACGAUGACAAGAGCGAGACAACGAGUUCAGCGAGUGAUGAGGACGAUCAAGCUGAGAUCGACAGGCAACUUCUAGAGGGUCUCGGACGCCCAGUACUGGAAGACAGCAAUGUCGUGCCGGUAAGCGAGCAUUUCUUCAAGUGGAGAUUUCCGUCACAUCUCGAUCCGGAGUGGAUGGCCCUCGAGGUGUACGAAGAAGAAUAUGACGAAGAUGAUGUUGGGGAAGACGAUGAUACCGACUCCGUAGGUUCGACGAGGCUCGAGCUGCCUAAGUGUAUGACAUCGAAGCCGGGUACGCCUCGUGACAGGAGAUCUUUAGACUCGAAUGUCGUCGAUCAAAUCAAGAGACUAUCUUUGAACAGCCCUGAUAGACUGGGCUCUCUACAAGCAGUCACAGCAGCCGAGACAGAGAACUUUGUCGCUCGAUCGCCAUUUGGGGCGAUCACGACAUCUCUAUCUCUGAUGGAGAUGCUGAUACGACUGGCUAGUCUCCAGGAGUUUCAGCAGACAUCUCAUCUGUCUAUUCCUGACCACAUACUCACUUUCUUCCUGGAGGAGACAUCAACCACAGGGCUGAUUGGCGAAACACAGUGGAGGGCUCGGAGCGAAGCAAAGCGUCGUAUGGGAUUUGAUCCUUAUACCGACGCACUGACGAAGUAG